UCAAAUACCAUUUCGCUUCUGCAAGAAAGGUUGAUUAACAAAUAUGCAUUGAAGAAAAAUGAGACGUUUCACCGUAAUUAAUUUUUAAUGUCACUUGUCUUCUACUCGAACACUUUCUAUAUAUAUUUAUAAAUUAGCUAGCGGUAACUGCUGGGUCGAGUGUAUAAAACGGCUAAUGCCUAGCUUGGAGAAGUCUACGGAAGGAGAAUGUUCGACGUAAAGGCGCCAUGUUCAAAAUGCUUCAAGUCUUUUUGACAUUUUGGCGUUUUUAUCAUGCCAAAAAAACUGAAACGGACCAAAAAGAGUCGACACAAUGUUUCUUGUGUUAAUGAAGAGAAACCUCGAGCAGUCGAGCAGGGAAGCAGUAGAAGGAACAAAUGUGGGCAGACAGAGUCCCCUCCUCAGAGUGAUGCUGACUUGAUGGGAAUGGGUGAGAAGGUGCCAACACCUUCAUCAUCCCUGCAGCCGGGGAGAGGACAUGUGCCACCGCCGCCAACGCUGCACAGCAUUUUGCGGGACAUCCAAGCAUCCAACACAGCAUUCCCGGUCCAGAGUGUGUUCGGAACGCUGCAGAGGAAAGCCAGAGAGAGGCUACCAGAUUCUGGAAUAAAAGGAGAGAAGCACCUGGAUUUAAAGAGGAAACAAGAAAGCUCUGAAAAGGGCUCCAAACACCUAAGGUCUAAUAUCAUGACUACAGAAACUGCUAGUUCCAACCUCUCAACGCAGUUUUCAGUUGAAACGCGUCCCAGAGUGAGCAGGCUCAGCCGCACCCGGAGGCUGAAGCAACAGGUUGCGAGUGAAAGCGGGGAAAUUCGCACAGAUAUGGAAAAAACACUCAAAACUAUCCAAGAAGUGUCCAGUUGUGCGGAUGUGCUGUGGACAGACAAGUACAGUCCUCAGUGUGCAAGUGAACUUAUUGGGAAUAACCUCCAAGUGAGCAAAUUGCACCGUUGGUUGAAAAUGUGGAAACGGCGGUCCGACUGCGCUGAGAGUAAGAGAAUGGAGCAAAUAAAAAACGAAGAAACGAGCAGCAGAAACAUUUCCACACAAGACUCGUGGGAUUGUGGAGACUUCCAGGGCGAGGCGGGCUCAGAGGACCACGGUGAGCCGCCGCCGUGCAACACCAUGCUGAUCACGGGGCCUCCAGGCGUGGGCAAGACGGCGUCGGUGUACGCCUGCGCUCAGGAGCUCGGCUUCCAGGUUUUUGAGGUGAACUCCUCCUCCCAGCGUAAUGGCCGCCAGGUUCUGUGUCAGUUGAGAGAGGCCACCCAGUCCCACCUGGUGGAGACGGCCGGGAAGGACCCACUGAGACCGGCGUACUUCAGCAACUACGGCACCAGAGGAUGCUCACCUAGAAGUGAACAUUUAGCUGGCACAUUGCCACCUGCCCAAAAGGUGUCCGUCAGCUCAAAAAAGCAGACGUUUGGCCGCCGCAGACCCACAGGAAAGGAGAAGCCAGCCGCUGUCACUCUGACAAACUUCUUCAAGAUGAAGGCCAAAGCAGAACACCUGUGCGGUCUGCCACCAGCGAAGUCGCCGCACGACAAACUGAAAAAGGGGCCCGAGCUUCAAACUGCGCCGCAGAGGAAAAAAGGAGCCACGUCGCUAAUCCUGUUUGAGGAGGUUGAUGUCAUUUUUGAAGAUGAUGUUGGUUUCUUGGCAGCCAUCAAGACGUUCAUGACGACUACUAAGAGGCCAGUGGUUCUCACCACCAAUGAUCCUAAAUUCAGAGAGCGAUUCAGUGGGAGCUUGGAAGAAGUUGCUUUCAAGAAGCCGUCGGCGGUGAGAUCCGGUUGCUCCGUGCUUUUGAGCCCCGCUCAAGUCGAUCAGCUUUUAAAGCAAGGUGCCUCGCAACAGGCGAACGUCUGCAGCUACCUGCAGCUGCUGUGUUUGGCCCAGGGCGUGAACAUGGAAACGGACGACGUGCGAAGCCUCUUCACCCUCACCGGAGGCGACGUCAGACGUUGUCUCCUGCAGCUCCAGUUGUGGGUGAACAGUGUUCAAGGCACUAGUGUAGAAGCAGAAAACACCAGCCUUCCCCAACAUAGUACAGGCUGCACUGCGAGCAUGCUGGGUCUUCAUCCUGUGAGUCAAAACCAUCUGCUGAACCUUCUGAAGAAUCCGACAUGGACUGAAGCUGGAAUGAACAAGCUGGUGGAGAGCUGGAGAAGAGAUGUUUCUCUACUGUACUCCAACAUGGAGAUGCUCACACCCAUCGGGUCCCACCAGGAAAUGCUUUUGCUCCGGUCUAAAAUGAAAGCUGCAGACAUCAACCCAGUGAGGGAUGGACUUGGGCUUAGCAACAUGAUGGUGAUCGGAUCCAGUUUGACACUCAAAGGACAAAUAAGCCCCUAUUGUCCGAAAACAAGGCUACAUCACAGGACCGAACAAAGUGCGGCCAAUGUAGACUUGACAUGUUUGAAUGCUCUGGCUGACUUCUUUGACGUCAUGUCGUACAUCAAUGCCACAUUAGCAACAGCAGAAGUGUUUGAUCCAGCUGCUCGCACAAGGGACUUUGUCUGGACUGGAGCUGACAUUAAAGAUAGUGUGUUAGAUGAAACGAGCGAGGAGGAAGGACGGAGUCACAGCCAGGAGAGGCUGUUGGAAAUUCAGGCAGCUGUGGAGAGUUUGGGGUGCCGCAGUUGUUGGAGUCGCAUGUCGUACGUUUGGACGGAGACGCAGACAUGCGUACCGGAACUUGGACGAACAGUCUCAGGGUCUUCCAAUGGGAUACACUUCGCUUGUCAACCUCCAGGUGACCCAAUCAUGUGCCAGAGGCGGUACAAGAUGAGCCAGGCCGUGCUGAGUAGUCAGCCCUUCGGCCUGCUGGGAAACAGGCAGGCUGUAUGCGUUGACUACAUGCCCGCCCUCCGUUCCAUCAGUCGCUCUAUGAGGCAGCCAAACAAGGAGCCGGACAGGUGUGUACACUUCCUCCGAAGCUUACACCUGGGCCUCUCCAAGUCAACGCUCCAACUCUUGGCCCAAGAUUUCUCCAGCAACCAAUCAGGCAGCCGAAACAAAACUACCUCAUAAUUUAUUUUCCACUCAGGCUAUUUAAUGUACACUUUACUGUAAAGAUUAUUUUCAAAACAGUCAAUGAAAUCAUGAGCAACCAUGGAACCUAAAUAAAGAUGUUCAUUUUUACAGUUCAA